ACAUUAACAUUGCAAAUAUGUUUUCCCUUCAGCAUUUAUCAUCUCGAUCGUCUUACUUCAUCUGACUGUUUUGGUUUUUUUUUUUCCUUUUUUUUCCACACAAAUAUGUAUAGCUUCGAAGGGGAAUUUCGUCGUGGACCUAUCCAGUCAUUUCGCGGCGCUAGUACAAAGGAGUGUAAAGAAGAUCUAAUUAGAAGAGCACAAGAAGAACGUAUGAAGCGAGAAGAACUGAGAAUACAAAAUGAAAGUGCUGUUAAGAUCCAAACCCUAUUCAGAGGUUAUCGGACUAGAAAAAAAGAAGCAAUGCGUCUGCGAGAAUUGUUUGAUUCAAAAUUAUCUACAUUUCCCAAGCAAUCAUUGGUUAAUAUAGAAACUGUUACUGAUCUAUGUUGUCAGCUUCUUUUCUUUUAUGAUGGUAGCUUGGAUCAAUCUCGACUUCUUUGGGUGUGCCAACAAAUGCUCACUCAGAAAGAUAAUGUUGUGAAUCACAUGGCUGAAAACUUUGAAAAGAUGGUCCAUCAGAUGAAACUUGUCUUACAACUUUGUUUACUUUAUCUUGAGAAACUAACCUCAUCUCAGUCUCUUGCACUACCAAUGCGAAUGCUGGAGAUAUUCACUGCUACAGAGACUUAUGGCCAUCUAUCUGUGCCAAAAGGCAAAAUAUGGCCACCAGUUGUUCAAAAUAUAUUUGAAUUUUUAUGUAACAAAGGGUAUUUUAAAAGUCUGCGUAUUUUGCUGAAUAUUAAAGUACCGUCCCGCAUAGAAAGGUGUCACCAUCCACCCAUACCUAUUGCUGAAUCCAUAUUUGAUCUUAUUAUGAAACCUGUGAAUAUUGCUGUGGCAUCUGGAGACAAGGGUUUUUGCACCAGUGUACUGACUGAAGUGUGUCGUGAACUAUUCUGUCCACCUCAUUCUCAGCAAGUUGAACUGUUUCUUUUACCUGCUAUGGCAUAUGGUAAAUAUCCAUUUCCUUUUGUGGAACUGAUCCAAGCUCUAAUCAACAAGAUUGGUGAGAAAAAUGAAACCCAGUUAUUUUCUGCGAAGAAGAGUACUAAUGAAGAUAGUUCAAAGAAAUUUUCAGAUGCUAACCAUUGGUUAUUGUAUGCAGUGUUGGUUCUUGGGGAAAAAUAUGUAGAGACAUUGACUCCACAGCAAACAUUUCAAUAUUUAAUGCUAAUGCAAAACCUUGUCCCUACUCUACCUCUGCCUCGACUGCAAAAUUUUGAUGAUGAUGACGACGAAGAAAAUGAUUCUGAUAUUGAAGAGAUGAUGGUUGAUGACUUGGAGACAGACUUUGCUUAUCAGGAAAAGUUGCGGGAAUCCUGCCUGCACUAUUUAGAUUCAAUAGCUCUUGCUCGCCGUAUAAUUGUCUGCACCACAGAAUUUCCCACUCCAGAUAUACUUGUAGCGAUAUGUAAUAUUUGUCAUAGUCUUAUGUGUGAGCAACGGAUCCCUGUUCAUAAAUUAAGAUUGUUGUACACUUUAGCUUUCAACAUUGAUUUCAUGGAAAGAUUAUGGAUAGAAUGUGCCUGCCGAUAUUCUAUAUCAGUCAGUGGAACAAAAACAUCUCUCAUCCAAAUACUAGCCCGUGGUCAAUCGUUGGCUGAAAGUGAUAUUCAAGUUAUUGUUCCUUUGCUAUCUGUGUUUUGUGCUGCAUUCAGCCAUUCUCUCCACACACUACAUGAUGCAGAGUUUUAUGGAGACAGUGAAGGGGAAUUCAAGGAUGGACAUGUAAAAAAAUCUACCAGUAUGCCUUUUUCUCUCAAUGAACUUGUGCCAAUGAGUUUAACUUUGCGUGAUAUAUGUUUAGGAAUUAUUGAACUUGCAAGCCCAGAAUCAAAAGUGUUUUUAAAUAAAGAUUAUCAACAAGCAUUUAGUAAAACCGGUAUUCAGGUUGCUAAAGAAGAGAAUUUACUUCGAACUCAACUCUGGCGGCAUUUAUUUAAAUCAAUCUCUACACUAGUAAAGCAGUUACAUUCAAGGGAUACCCGACGUCAAUUCUGCCCUACAAAUCAUUGGUUGGCUGACCAUAUACAUAUACGUACUGAUAAGCUGUAUAAUUUACAAGCUGCCAACCUUUAUAGUCAACAGCCAUUGAUGCCAUAUGUACCAACUGACAGUGGUCCAGAUUCAGGACCACCACUAUCAGGAAGGGACAUCUGGAACCUUAUCAUCCUUACUGAACUGCCAUUUGUAGUGCGUUUUACAGAAAGAAUUAAGAUCCUCCAUCAACAUGUUAACCAAGAUCGAGAAGAACAUCAGUCUGAAAUGACCAACUUUCAAUUAGGAUUAUCAAUUAAUAUCAAGAUUAGAAGAAACUAUAUUUAUGAAGAUGCUUUUGAAAAAUUAUCCGAAGAGAAUGAACCAAACUUGAAACUGCGGUUACGAGUAAGAUUGGUGAACUCUGCUGGAAUUGAUGAAGCAGGAAUUGAUGGUGGAGGUUUGUCCCGGGAGUUUUUGUCAGAAUUACUGAAAACAGGCUUUGAUCCUAAUCGUGGAUUCUUCAAAUACACCAAUGACAAACUACUCUACCCAAAUCCACAAGCGCCGGCCCUUUUUGAAAAUUAUACAGACCAUUAUUAUUUCCUCGGGAGAAUGUUAGGAAAGGCUCUCUAUGAAAACCUCUUGGUGGAGUUACCUUUUGCUCAGUUUUUCCUCUCGAAAAUUCUGAAUCGCCAUGGAAUUGAUCUUGAUAUUCAUCACUUGGCUUCACUUGACCCAGAAAUGUACAGGAAUCUACUCUUUUUGAAGACUUACAAGGAAGAUGUAGUUGAUCUGGGUUUGGAUUUCACUGUCGUUACAAAUGAACUAGGAGUUACAAAGAUUGAGGAGCUAAAACCAGGUGGCAAAGACAUUCAAGUAACUAAUUAUAAUCGGAUUGAGUAUAUCCAUUUAAUGGCAGAUUAUAAAUUAAAUAAGCAGAUUCGACCUCAUUGCCAUGCUUUCCGAUUAGGUCUUGCUAAUGUAAUCAAUCUGGAAUGGCUGCGUAUGUUUGAUGAACAUGAACUGCAAGAACUGAUAUCUGGAGCCAACACACCUGUGAAUCUCGAAGACUUAAAACAACACACUAAUUAUUCAGGGGGCUUUACUGCUGAACAUCCUGUGAUAGAAAUUUUUUGGAAAGUUGUCUAUGAAUUGACCGACCAACAACUAAGGCAGUUGUUAAAAUUUGUAACUAGCUGUUCUCGGCCACCUCUGCUGGGUUUUAAGGAUUUAUAUCCAGUCUUUUGUAUCCAUAAUGCUGGUACUGAAUUGGAGCGCCUACCCACUGCUAGUACAUGUAUGAACUUACUGAAGCUUCCCGAGUUCUACAAUGAAGAGACAAUGAGAAGUAAAUUACUAUAUGCAAUUGAAUCAGCUACAGGAUUUGAACUCAGUUAAACCAUGCUCUUGUAAUUCUUAACAACUUGUCUUCAACAUUGACUACUCCAGACUUCCUUUUAUUUACUUUUCUCAAUUUUUUUUUAAAGUAAUCUAGGACCAAAAAUCCAGAGUAUGUGCUAAAAUUGAAGUAACCUGAAACAAUUUGUUAGAGAAACAUCCAAUAUUCUUAAUACACAUCUUGACUCUCCAUAUGGAAAUAAUAUAUUUCUUCCUAAGGAUCAAUCUAAUAACAGCUAUUAGGAAAAUAUUUAGAUUAUUGCAACUAUCUUCAUUUUGAACACACUCACACACUCACACACACACACACACACAUACAUCAGUUAUAAUGGUUCUUGUUCAUAUACUUUUGUUCUAUAUUUAUUGUAUGUCACUUUUCUUUGAAUUUUCCCUUUCUUUCAGUUAUUUUUUUAUAUAUGUAACUUUGAACCCUGAUAAGUCUUUUGAGCAUAUUUUUUUCACACUUAUUAGAAAUGCUAAGAAGUCUAUAAAUUUAUUAAUUUAAGGUUUUACAUGAUUAAGUCUCUAAUUUAAAUAAAUAAAUAAAUAACCAAACAGCAACUAACUAAAUUAAGACAUACAACUUACCUAGUAAGUCAUUGAUCUAGUCUUUUUAUUGAUGACACCUGUUAAUAAUAGUCAUCUUGAGAGUUAUUCCUUUGUAAAUACACCUAAGAAGGUUGACAAUAAUACAUAUUGUCCAUAUCUGAAAUUGGUUAUUUUUGACACUAUUUGUGAAAUAAUAUUGCAUAUAAAAUUAGAGGUUAAAAAGGAAAAAGACAUUUCUCCCCCAACACACACUUUUCAGCUUUUUGAUUUCUUAGAUAUUUCACGAUCAAUAAUUACUCUUUGAAAUCAAUACAAACACCAAAAACUAAAAAGUUUGUUCAGUGUAGCACAACUGAUUGUAAUUUUUACAGUUUUGUUUUCUAAUUGAAUGGUAUUGUAGUUGGAUUCUAAAUGAAAAUCAUAUAAAAUGUUACUGGACUCUGCAAAAAUCAUAAGCCUGCUUUGUUUCUUGUCUGUCCUGUUGUUGUGAAUUUACUUGAAAUAGAAACUAGUGUUUUAUAAACAUAUGCUUCACAGAACUAAGCAUACAUUUAUUUUUCAUGAUCAUACUCAAAAUAAAUGUUUUAAUUAAUCACUAUU